CAUCUAAACCAAUAUCGACGAAGAAUGUCGGUUAGCAACUGUGAAACUUUUUACGAAGACGUACCAACGUUGGGUGAAGUCAAGCGUGAAAUUUCCAGUAUUGUGGGACUGCGGGAGAUCAAAAAGCAGCUGGAAUCAAUUCUGCAGAAAAUAAUUGAUGCGGAGAAGGACGCUGCCGACGGAUUUAGGGUUGUACCUCCAAAGCCCUUUCACAUGGUGUUCGUCGGCAGAAAUGGAACAGGCAUGUCCACAGUAGCUUGAAUAAUGGGUAAACUAUUUUAUUUGGCCGGAGUUUUGUCUUCAUACACUCUGACUGAAAUGCAAGGACAUCAAAAGGUUCAGAACUGUUUUGUUUAGC